CACACAAAUAAUUUACCAGUAUGAUUAUGGACGAUUGUGAUUAUGUGGUGAUGAAAUGGGUAAACGGGCAGAUGGCAGGGCAUUGGAUCAUGUGAACAGCUUACACCUUGCAACAAAAAAAAGAAAAGGACUAAUAAUUAAGUACAAGUAUAGUUAAUGGGUUGGCUUGAGGACUUGGAGGUUUUGUUUGCUUUAUUGAUUUUGCUUAUUCUAGGGUUAAUUGCUUGAACCUUGGCCGGGGGCAGAGGUAAACUUGAAUCCCAAUUAGCUUAGGCCACAAGGGAUUCGAUUGAACUUGGGAUUUGUCAUUUGGAUUCCCUUUGGUCCAUCCAUUGCACCAAACUCAAAUGAUUUAAUGUUUGAAACGUCAAUGGAUUGACAAUCACACUAUCUCAAUCAAAUUAUAAACAUAAAUUUUUUGAACGAAAAAUUAUUUGCGUUUAGAUGUAAAUCGCAAGUCUCUUAUUUUAUUGAAAAGAAAUAUUGAUUCACAACUGUAUGAUAAAUGCAUAUGCACCAUCAUUGCAAUAUAUUUAGUGUUAUGAGAGUUUAAUAGCUAAUUAUAAAUACUCUAUUUGAAGUUUCGAGCAAAAUUUUCCUAAUUUAAGGAUAAAGAUUUAAUAAAUAGCAUUUAGCUCACAUUCACCACAUAUAUUUCGAAGAAACAACCCCUUGCACAAUUUUAUUUUUUUUAAACUGGGUUGGUGAUGGUGGAGUCGUUCAACUCCUAUAGUCAUAUGAAUGCUGAUGGACCAUAUUAAAGCAUUCUCAAAACUCAAAGCUUAUCCUCUAGACUGAGGGUGGUAGCUAAGGAAUGAAAGGGAGCUUACUUGGCUUGGAAAUAAUAAUAAUAAUAAUAAUAAUAAUAAUAAUAAUAAUAAUAAUAAUAAUAAUAAUAAUAAUAAUGAUAGAUGGUCGGCCCGGGAAAAAACAUAAAGCUUAUGCAUUUGAUUGUGCUGUUUUUGGUUCUUUGUUGUUGGUGGGUUGUAACAAAUUAUAAUCUGUGGCUGUGGCUGUGGCUUCCAUGACCAUUGCAUUGCAGUCCUUCACAUUUGUUGGUUCUGAUUAAAGCAAUGGAGUCGGUGCCUCCCUUCGCCUACAGAUUAAGACUAAUAUUCACGUUUUAAAUGGCAGUCUCUCUCUCUCUCUCUCUCUCUCUCUCAGUUCAAUGAAGUUUGACCAUUUUCUCUCUGUAUCAACUUGCAAUCUGCAACAAGCUUACAAACAAAUUACAAUGUGGUUAUGUUAUACUUCUGCUCCCUUUCAAGUUUCAUCAAUGACGUUUUCUCGUCUAAUAUAACUAACACCAACUGGUUCACAACGGGCCCCCAGUAAGACGUCAUUCGCCUCAGCCCGCAUCUUUGGCCAAACCCGCUGCCAUGGCCCAAUAGAAUAAAGGGAGUUGCUUACCUUGGCGCCGUCUGCCAGGAAAUACAGCGCGGCAAAGAAACUGAAAUGUCAGGAUUGAGGCGCUGCUGCUACGGCUUCCCUUCUCGCCACUGCUUCGCUACUGUUCACAAAACCCUAAUCAGUUAUCGGUGCUACGAUUCCAGGAUUUUCCUUCCCACUACUGCAUCGCUGUUGGAUUCCCGCCUCCCCAUUUCCGUUUCCGCGCCAUUGAAGAAACGAAGCUUCUCCGCUCCCGCCGUCGAUUAUCCUCUUCCGGGUGUUGCCUGCGUUGAGCCCAAGUUGCUAUUUUUCUUUAUGAGUUUGUUUCUUUUCUGCACUGUUUAAUCUUUCAUACAGGAGUCGACGACGUUCUCGUUGGGUAUUUGUUGGGGAAGAAGAAGGCAACUGAAGUGGCUCAUUUGUAGGUAACUUCUACCCUUUUUGCCAACCUUCCUUCUCUCCUUGUCUGUGAGGACUCGGAAUCGGUUGCGUCAUAGGUGAUUCAGGACUGUGAGUAAUGAAUAAUUGUCAGCACUUACAACCAUGCAGGUCUGUAUUCGAGUCCCAUGUUUAAGAACCUCUUUGUAAUUGCGUCUAAUCCAUCUCUGGCUGAUGACUUCAGGGUAUGGAGGCGUGUGGUUCAGCCAGGGGAUACCGUGGUAGAUGCCACUUGUGGAAACGGUCAUGACACUCUAGAGAUGGUUAAAAUGGUUUCUGACGAAUCGGGCAGAGGGCGUGUCUAUGGACUGGACAUUCAGAAGAAUGCUUUGAAUUGUACACUACUUCGUCUUUGCUUGAUGAGAGUCUCAGUCCCAGGGAGGUGGGUACACUAUUGUCUAUUGAUUCUUCAAUUCGAGGGUUCGGAGACUGUCAUUGAACUUUAUGGAAAUCUUGUAGUGACUUGUCACUGCUAAAGCCAAAUACAGCAACAUAUUUUGGCUGCCAUUUCUGCUGUUGUUUUUGAAGUUUUUGAACAAAUAGAGAGAGCCAUUGUUGUACCAAAAGCGUUCCUUUUAUUACCAAAUUUCUCUAUGUGUUCCCGUUGUUAUGGUAUAUACCUAGUCCAUGAUUGCUUACUGAUCCUCAAAUAACAUGCAGAGGGAACUUGUCAAGCUUUCCGGCAUCUGCCACAGUAGAAUGGAAGAAAUUGUACCAGAAAAUAGUCCAGUUAGGCUUGUGGCAUUCGACCUGGGCUAUCUUCCAGGGGGCAACAAAAAUAUCAUCACUGUUCCACAAACAACCCGGUUAGCCUUAGAUGCAGCCAAGAGGAUUCUUCUAGCCCCCAGAGGAUUCAUCAGCUUAGUUGUUUACAUAGGGCAUCCUGGUGGAAGGGAAGAAUUGGAGGCUGUUGAAGGUUUUGCUUCAGGAUUACCUGCUGAUGAAUGGAGCUGAUGCAAGUUCCCGAUGUUAAACAGGCCUUUAGCUCCUGUAUUGGUUUUCUUGUUUAAGAGAUGACUUGAUGAUCAAGCUGUUAUUCUGCAAUCUUUCUGGUAAACUAUAAAUGUUUGGGUUUGAGUUUGUAAUGCAAUUUCAAGAAUUUUUCAUGUUGUUAAUCCAAUGAUAUGACCAGAUUUGCUCCUGAAAAAAAAAAAAGGUUUUUGCUU